AUGUCUGAGUACUUCAGCCAAAUCCUGAAAGAGUAUUCUCGACUUUUUGAACGAGUGUACCCUAGAACCGAAAGAGAAAACGCACGGGUGCUUCUCAAUAAAUACAAAGAAGCAAGUAAAAUUCUUGGAAGUUAUCUGAUGCUAAAGGCUAUAUUAGCUGAUCCAACAUUGGACACGGGUGGUCUAUUAGGUUGCGAUAAUGCUUCGGCAUGUUCACAUCCAAAACACAGCUGUAAUAAUGAAAUAAGGGAUGGAGCAUUUGAAAGUAUAAGUGGUGUUUUGUCAAAAAAAAGAAUGAGUCCGAUAAUGAUUUUAUAUCUGCCAGAACAAUCACUCAAAAGAAGCGGAAAGAAUCUGUCGCCAUUAAAGAAUAAAGAAUCUAAGGAGCCUGUUAAGCCUAUAAAGAAAACCAUCUCAGAAAUUCGGAAGCAAGUCUUUAAUCAUGAUCCAUUGGAUCAAGAUUUCAAUAUAUUAAGAGAUUGGAUCGAGACUGGAUGCGAAAUAUUACUUUAUUCAUUUAAGAUCAGCAACACCGACAAAGUUUUUAAUGAUAUUGGAGAAGUGAAAGUGGUCAG